AUGGAUGACACUAUCUUCAUUUCCCAAAGCAAGUACACUAAGAACAUAGUGAAAAAGUGUGGCAUGGAAAAUACUAGCCAUAAAAGGACACUUGCACCAACUCAUUUAAAACUGAGCAAAGAUGAAAAAGGUACAAAUGUGGAUCAAAGUUUGUACAUGAGUAUGAUUGGGAGUCUGUUUUAUCUCACAGCUAGCAGACCUGACAUUACAUUUGUUGUAGGAUUAUAUGCUAGAUAUCAAUCUGAACCCAAAAUGAGUCACAUUUCUCAAGUGAAAAGGAUUUUGAAGUAUGUCAUUGGAACUAGUGAAUAUGGAAUGUUGUAUUCUCACAGUGCAAAUUCCUUACUAACAAGAUAUUGUGAUGUUGGUUGGGCAGACAAUGUUGAUGAUAGAAAAAGAACUUUUGGAGGGUGUUUAUUUUAG